AAAUCAUUAAAGUUGAAGAGGUUGGAAAAAAAAAAGAAAAACAAAAAAGAGAAGGAGAGAGAGCGCAAAUGGAGUGGAAGAAAUGGUACUUAGACGUGAUUCUUGUGCCCUUAGCUCUUAUGAUGAUGAUUUGCUACCACGUCUACUUGUCCUUCAUGGUUCGAACCCAUCCCUUCUCCACCCUCCUCGGCAUUAACUCUCACGGCCGCCGGAUGUGGAUUUCUGCUAUGAUCAAGGAGAAUCAGAAGACGAAUAUAUUGGCCGUACAAACACUGCGUAACAUAAUAAUGGGAGCUACACUAAUGGCCACGACCUGCGUGCUCCUCUGCGCGGGUCUAGCCGCAGUGUUAAGCAGUACUUACAGCAUCAAGAAGCCUCUAAACGACGCCGUUUUUGGAGCUCAUGGAGAUUUUGCCAUAUCAAUCAAAUACCUAACAAUUCUCACAAUCUUCAUCUUCUCCUUCUUCUUCCACUCCCUCUCCAUCCGUUUCCUAAACCAAGUCACAAUUCUCGUAAACAUCCCUAAUUUAGACCCUAACCCUUCUGGUUGCUUCUUCCUCACGUCUGAGCACGUCAGCGAGAUGUUCGAAAAGGGUAUCUUUCUCAACACGGUAGGUAACAGGUUGUUCUACGCUGGCUUUUCUCUAAUGCUAUGGAUCUUUGGUCCCAUCCUCGUGUUCUCGACCGUUUUGGUGAUGGUUCUUGUUCUUUAUAACCUCGAUUUCGUGUCACGCAACAACAAUAAAGAGAAACCACGUGUAGUGGAUUUCCGACGUGCCUCUGAUCUUACGAAUGAUGGUGAAGAGGACGCAAGAUGAGUUUUUUUGUUAAAGGAUGGUGCUUGAUGAUAGUACAUGACGAUGAUGUCAUAUCCUCCGGAUUGUUAAUAAAUGCACUAGGAGAUUUUCUCUUGUUGUGGCCUUGGUUUUAUAAACUUUUAUUAUUUUGUGCUCUAUAACCUCUGGUAAUUUCAAUCUCGUUCACGUUAUACAUGAUCUUUUAUUGGAAUAAUAUAAUAAAUUCCGUUUUGUAAA